CUCCUCCUUGGCAAAGCAAGAUGGCGGCCGUCGUAGAGAGAGUUGAUGGAUGUGUUGGGUCCUUGGACUCGGACGCUGUGUCACCGAGACAGUCCACCCCUCCACCGGACCAGCCGCACCAGAACAACCCGCUGUUAGGACUGCCCAUUGUGGCCAUUGAGACUAUUCUCAAUUUUCUGUCUUACGAUGAAAUCAGCCUGCUGCGCUCGGUGUGUAAGCGCAUGGACAUGAUCUGCCAGCGUGUCCUGAAUCAGGGCUUCCUGAAGGUGGAGCGCUACCACAGUCUGUGCCAGAGGCAAGUCAAAGCCCAGCUGCCCAGGCGAGAGUCAGAGAGGAGAAACCAUUCAUUGGCCCGUCAUGCUGAUAUCCUGGCUGCUGUGGAGACACGCCUCUCUCUGCUCAACAUGACCUUCAUGAAAUAUGUCGACUCCAACCUCUGCUGCUUCAUCCCUGGAAAGGUGAUAGAUGAGAUUUACCGCGUUCUGCGUUACGUGAACUCCACUAGAGCCCCCCAGCGGGCUCAUGAGGUUCUGCAGGAGUUGAGGGAUAUCUCCUCCAUGGCCAUGGAGUACUUUGAUGAGAAGAUUGUCCCCAUCCUGAAGAAGAAGCUGCCAGGGGCCGACCUGUCCGGCCGCCUCAUUGGCUCUGCACCAGUGGCAGGUCCAUCUACCUCCCUGACCACCAUGUCCCUGCUGGCUAAGAACACGCCGUCGCGCUCUGAGAUGACCAAGGUACAGCAGCAGGUAAAGGUGAACGGGGCGUCAAUGACAGUACUGCGGCGGGAGAUGCAGGAAAUCCGUGUCAAGCAGCUGGAGCAGCAGAAGCAGCUGCAGGACCAGGAGCAGAAGCUGCUGGAACAGACCCAGGUGAUCGGUGAGCAGAACGCCCGCCUUGCCGAGCUGGAACACAAGCUCCGCGAACUGAUGGACAGCAGUGCCGCUGCUAUGGGAGGACCCAGGCCCAGCACAGCUGUCCCCUCCACAUCCAGUGGCGCUGCAGUGUCUUCCACCGUUGCCAGCUCGUCUGGUACUGUGUUGGCAAGUGGCAGUGUUGCCGCGGCCUCUCUACCUAGAGAGCCAGAGGGCGAGGGAGGGUCAUCACUCAAACGCACCAGAAAGAGCUCAGACCUUCCACGACAGUCCAAACGGCUGCGCAGCAAGAAAUAAGAGACUCGGUGUGUCAUUUAGUUGGUCGAGUUUUGUUUUAGGUUUCGAGGUCUGACUGAUCACACCUUAUCCCCAAUUCCCGCGUCACCCCCCACCCCACCCACACUCACCUGUACUGUCUGCGAGAUGAGUCGGGACUAUCCAUGUAUGCUUCACCAGUGUUCUCUUUUCAACAAAUCCCAUGAAAACACCCAAACCAACAAAGUCCAUCGGUCCAUACUUUCUGACUCCCCUACCCUGAUAUUUACUUUUUAAAAAGGCUCCAUAAUUUCCUAAAACAGAUGGACACUUUGGAUACUGAAUCUACGUGUGGUGCUCUAGUAGAGUAUUUGGGGCAGCAGGACGGUGUAUGUGGGACUGAGUCUAUAUAAACCACAGUGUGUGUGUGUAUUCAUGGUGAUGGAGGAACAUUGUGGCUCACUGAGGGGUUUUUAAAAGUUACUGUACAACAAUGGAGCUCUAUGGCUCAGAGGAGGAAGUGAUAUCGGGCUGUGAGCCACAAACAGUACUUUGUUAGUGGAUACAGUCAUUGUUGGUUUGGCUUCAUACAUGGGAUUAGUUGACUGGAAAAAAAUAUAGAAUAUCACCAGAAUUAUCCUUACAAGGCUUCUUAACUACUUAACUAAAUCAGAAUAUAGGCAGGUGGUUGGCCAUCGGCAUCUAAGAAGACUAUUUAUGGAAGGUCACAUUCAAAUUACUGUACAGCUUUUUAAUGUAGAUGCUUUUCUAAGAGGCUCAUGUGUUUGAAAAAAAUUGGAUUUGACAAAACAGAAAUUCAGAUGUAAAUUGUACAAGUGGUGAGUUCAUGUAGUUCCUGUUUCUAAAAUAAAAUAACCAUGAGAUUGUAUAUUGGAAACAUACACAACUAAACUGUAAAAAUACAGUCAUGACAGGCCUUAAAUUGCAAGUUAGUAUAAUCUAAUCUAACUGAAGUUGAAUGUUACUGGUAAUCAUUGAUCUCCUGUCCAUUGUCGCAUGGGUAGGAAGUCUAAAUCCACAAGCAUUCAUUUCCUUCACAGUUGCUUCUUCCUAACUUCGGCUAAGUGCAAUAUAAAACAUCUAAAGUAAUAAGUAAUUUAUAUUCCUUGCCAGUACUGAUAGUGUCUAUCCAAAAUUGCUGCUCAGGUAAGUCUGUCUGAUCAGUUCUUGAAUCCCCGUAAAAAGGAAGGAUUGGGUCUUAAAGAAGGAAAAAGGCAGUGUUCAGCAUGAGUCAGCCUGUUACCUGUUGACUCUUGCCUUCCCUGCCUGGCAGAGGGUGGAACAUGGAAGUAGAUGUUAUUUGUGAAGGGAUUUUCCUUUCCACUGUGCCUCAGCAGCCCCUUACGGAUAUCAUUGUCUUCUGAUCUUCAGAAAUGCAGCAGUGACAAUGAAAUCCACGGCUCUGGUGUGUGAAAAUAAUUUCUUUAAAAGGUUUCCUGCAAGAGUAGGCCAUUUUUCGCUCUGGUGUGCCUGAAAGCACCUGAUCUCUUUUUACAUGAGAUGUACUGUAUGUGCUGUGCUAAGGAGGACAAAGAAACGAUAUAACUGCUCUCCAAUGGGAAAGCAGUAUUUGGCAUCUGUCCUUUGAGGGUCAUACAGUGUUUUUACAUAUUUCAGCCUAUUUACAACAAUGAUGUACAGCUACCUACAGCUGAACAUUAUACAGAGUACAGAAAGUGUGUUACAUUUUUCUGAAUAUGUUAUUUCUACUUUUGGGACAAUCACUGAUUUCCAUUCAUUUCACUACAGGAACGUCGUGACUUGAUUUUCAGAUUAUGAAAGAACAUAACAGCUGUUCCUGAAAACAUCUUCAAAUUUCUCCUCUUCUCUCUGCCAGAAUUAAGUUAUCAAAAGCAGAGGAAUAUACCAUUCAGUUACACAAUCAUGCUUCAGUUUAUACCAACAAUUCCUAGUUAAAAUCAUUGUUCUUGAGUCUCACAAAUAUUAACUCAAGGUGCACUUGACCUUAACCCUAACCUGUGAUAUAGUCAAUACUUUGUAAAAAAUAUUUUAACCCUAAGUCACCUGCUAGCUUCUUCUGAGUAUUUUACCCACAUGACAUGAAAACUGAGCAAACUCAUCUGCUGAUGAAGACUUGAUGAAGAUGAAAUAUGGUUUUAAGUUGGUGUUUCCCAGGCAGAUGAAUUGUUGUAAAUGGGUGGAAACAGGAAAACAAUUGUAUGGUCCUCAAAAGUCAAAGUAGAAAUGAUGUAAAAAUGAAAAAAAAAAAAACAAGUAUAUUGUAUACGUUAAGACAUUUAAAGGGUCUUUUCGCACAAAUGAUGUAUUUUUUCACUUCUCUGUGCCAUGCAGAUUGUUUUGUUUUUUCUUCAACAAGGAAAGUGAAUGGAAUUGAGCCUAACUGCAUGGAUGGAUGCCACCAGAAGGAAGUAAGAAAAUAUUCUUUUGACCCUUUAAAUGUUGUUUAAAGAAAUUUUAAAAAAAAUAUAUAAAGCUUUUCAAUUUUUCUGUUAUAACACCAACUUUAAGUUUAUAAGCAGCCUGUUGCAAUUAGUAUAAGGGAACUACCAGAACGUAUGACUGGUUUGCAGUGACAGUAAAGGGGUGCUGGAAAAGUAUAUAAACAGAAUGGCUCAGAGUAACAUUAGUUUCCUUAGCGGUUGUUUAAAAAGCGUUGUCUUAGCUCCCCUGUGCAGCAGUACUCCUCCCCUCUCCUGUACAAACUUGUCUCUUGCCUUGUGAGGCUACGUUAACGUGAGCCCAUAUUGUGGCUGCACUUCUGUUUUUUUUUUUUUUUUGUUUGUUUUUAAGCUUUUCUGUUCAUUGGAUGACCUGAACCACUCAUGGCAUGAACUUCUGGUAAAGAAACUUUGGAAAUGCAGUUCACAUCUUGGUGAACCCUAGCGUGUAUUAUAAUGACACUGGGCAAAAAAACACAAGAAGAUGUAAUCUAGUGGCUUAAUUUGAGACUGCGUCUCAGUUUAGAAAAUUGUACUGUAAUCUUUAUGUACUUUAAAGUGUAGAUUGUGAAUUAUUUCAUGUAUGUAUCCCAAGAAAACUAUCUUUUGAGUUAGCCAGCUUGGGGCUAACUGUACGGUUUUGUUGCACAAAUUACUGUUACAAAUGUACAAAUCAAACAUUAAAGCUCAAUCUAA